UCGCGGCGGCCUGCAGGGGCAGCGCUGCCGCGCGUGUGUGCGCCGGUGCGGGGUGCGGGGGGAGCCCGCCCGCCGCGGGCUCGCUGACACGGCGGCCAGGGCGCAGCGAUGUCGCUGCCCGCGCUGGCGCGGCGCGGCCCGGCACGGCGGUGCGCGGGGGUGAGUGACCCCGGCCGGCCAAGGAUGAUUACGAACACGCGGGGCUUCCUGUGGUCGGAUCUGGAGACGCGGGCGCUUCUGGAGAUCUGGGGCGAGGCGGACGUGCAGUCGGCGCUGGACGGCAACUUUCGGAACAGCCAUGUGUACCGGGACGUGGCGUGCCGCCUGGCCGAGCUGGGCUUCGAGCGCACCCCCGAGCAGUGCCGCAUCCGCAUCAAGGGCCUCAAGCGGCAGUACUACCAGGCCCGGGACGGGCUGAAGAAGAACGGGCACGCCCGCAAGAUAUGCAAGUACUACGACGAGAUGGACCGGAUCCUCAGCUGCCGGGGGGGGCCCGACGGCGCCCCCGAGCCGCUGGCCCCGCCGCCCGACGGCGCCCCGCCGCCCGCGGGGCCGCUGGCCGCGCCGCCCACGCCGGGCACGCCGCACAACAGCCGCGAGCUGGACGCCGAGCUGGACGAGGACGCCGGGCCGGAGUCCCCCCGGGACAACUUCACCGAGGAUUCCGGCGAGUGCUCUUCCUACGCCGACCACCCCAUCAAGGUGGAGUGCCCGCCCUUCGCCAUCCCCGUGCCGCCGGGUGACGGCUUUAAAGAAGUCAGUGCUCCAACCAUUACCCCACCUCUCAAUCAGCCCAAAAGAUCAAAAAAACGCCAUACCAAUUUGACAUUGGAUAAAAUGAUGGAAAAAUUUCUGCAGCAGAGCAUGGAUACAGAUGAGAAAUUUUACAGAUUUGAAGAGCAGAGGCUCAAAAUCGAGGACAAGCGUCGGGAAGCUGAGCAUGCUCGAGAACUCCAGAUGUUACAGAUGUUGGGACAGAUGUUGGCUGGAAUUUCUUCUACUGUAUCACAAAGGUCACAGUCUAUACCAACAAGUCCACCUCGGAGAACAAACCACCGUUCAUAUGCGGAUAACUUUAAUUAUAAUGCUAUGACAGCAACACUUUCUCCACCGAUAGUUAUAGAGAGGUCUUUUUCACUGCACAGAACACACACUCUGAAGGAUAUGGAGAAUAUUUUUCAGCUGGUGCGCAAUGUUAUCCCUCCUCUAACAGGGAAAAAGCAUAAAGGUCAAGAUGGUCGUAUAGGCAUUGUUGGAGGAUGUCGAGAAUACACUGGAGCACCAUAUUUUGCUGCAAUUACAGCUCUCAAAGUGGGUGCAGAUUUAUCCCACGUGUUUUGUACCAAAGAUGCAGCAACAGUAAUCAAAUCAUAUAGUCCAGAGCUGAUUGUUCAUCCAGUUCUUGACAGUCCCAAUGCUGUCCAUGAGGUGGAAAAGUGGUUACCACGGCUGCACUCGGUUGUCAUAGGACCUGGCUUAGGUAGAGAUGAAGUUCUGCUUGAGAACGCUAAGGGUAUUAUAGAGAAAUCAAAAGUGAAAGGAAUUCCUAUCAUUAUUGAUGCAGAUGGACUGUGGCUCAUUUCCCAGCAGCCUUCUCUUAUUCAAGGCUACCAGCGAGCUAUUCUUACUCCAAACUACAUGGAGUUCAGUAGACUGUAUGAAGCCAUGCUUAGAGACCCCGUAGACAGUAGUGAUCAUCAUGGAUGUGUGCUAAGACUCAGCCAAGCCAUGGGGAAUUUGACAGUUGUGCAAAAGGGAGAAAGAGAUCUUAUUUCAGAUGGAGAGAAGGUACUUGUGUGCAGUCAUGAAGGAAGCAGCCGGCGAUGUGGUGGACAGGGGGACCUCCUUUCUGGUUCUCUUGGAGUCUUGGCACACUGGGCAUUUGUUGCUGGAGCUGAAAAAACAAAUGGUCAAAAUCCCUUUCUAGUGGCUGCAUUUGGAGCUUGCUCUCUCACGAGGCAGUCUAACCACCAAGCCUUUCAGAAAUUCGGACGUUCAAUGACAGCCUCUGACAUGGUUUCAGAAGUUGGAACAGCUUUUAACAAACUUUUUGAAACCUGAAGCCAAAGCAGCAAAGAAGAAAAGAACAAUGACUGCAAGAGUAAUUACAUGUACCGUAGAAUUUACAUAAUGCACCCUUUCAAGUGCUGUAGCAGCAUUGGUAUGUUAGGUAGAUUUUUUUUAUUUUUAAGAAUAGAAAAAUAUGAUUAAUGUAGAUAUUUUUUAAGAGUUUGGAAUACAAAAAUGUUUUGGCUGAAAUAAGCUGUAGUUGCAGAUCUGUUAUAAUAUAAUAAAACUAAACUGAAAGUAUUCCUCUGUUCUUUUUGAUAGUUAUUGAGCAAUAACUAAAGUGUGAACAGCAAAAAAAAAAUGCACUUGAUACUUAGAUAAAAUUCUUCCACCAGCUCAACUGAAUUUCUUGGAUUUCUCCAAGGUUGUCACUUGUCAUUCUUAGACCCUCUGUCUAGAAUUAGCUAUUGCACUUCAUUUUUUGCUAUGCUAGUAGAGUAAGAAGCAAAACGUAAGCCUCUUUGGAAAGGGAAUGCAUGAGAGUUGCUGUAGAUUUUGAAUGUAAUUAGUUGCCUUUUCCCAUUCCCGGUCCUAGAGGCAGCAUUCAUGUAGACAAGGCAUCCCUUCCUGCAAUGUCUUGUUAGUUUUUUUUAAAGGUUCCCCCUUGGCGGAAUAAAGAUACGCUAUAGGUAUCUUGGCAGUAAAAUUCAUUAAUAAUUAGGCUUACCUGGAAAAGAAAUAAAUUUGUGUUUCUUUAUCUGGUCUCGACUCAGUAUAACGAACUUGUGAAAUUGUCAUUUGGAGAGGUACUAGGUGGGGCACGAAACUCGGUGAUACCCAGCAGAACUGGUUCAGCUCUCAGUGAUCAUGGAAGAGUGAAGUGCUUCUAAAAUUCCAGCUGCCUGCUGGGUUAGAGCUCGGAGCAGCCCAGCACACAGAUCUGUAGGUGGACAGCGAUGAGCCAGCGGGAAUACAAGUUGAAGGAACAAAAGGCAGCCCACGGCUCGUACCUGUGCCUUCAGGGCAGAGUGCAGGCAGCAUGUGCUGCAAGUCAAAGGUAGAAACAGAAAUAGGGUGGUCAGUCUUUGAGCUUCAGGUGAAGUACUUAGUAUUGCAAAAAGCAGGAGCUUUUAGAGCAAAAAGCGUAGAGGCCUUUACUUGAUCUUUGCAGGACAGACACUGAUCUGGUGCGCUGGCAGAGCAGGCAAGCAUUAGGUGUAAAGCAGAACUUCUGUGGGAUUUGCACAGGACCAUUCCUUAAAUUUUUGGAGAUUCAGUCAAAGUAUGUAGAGACUGAACAUGAUUGGAGAGGGAAGCAAGUUCCUGCAAAGAAAAUUUAAAUGGGUGCUGCCCUUGACCCUCCAACCCAGCUCCAAGUGUUGCUGCUCAUUGUAGUGCCAGAACAAUGAUGAAACGCAUCCGGUUCCUGCAGUGGAUGUUGCCUUUCAGCACAGCCACCCCUGCAUUCCCAGCUGGAAUGUGGUGUCCCAGACCACUCAGACUGUUCUCAUUCCUUGCAAUAGCUGCCUGCAGAAAGCACCCAGAAUCAGAAAGGCUACUCCAAGUAUUUUCCUUCAGCCCUUAGAGUUGGUAUUUAUGGAUGCACUGUGACUACUACCUCACCCUGAUGCAUUUUUCUUUUUCUUUUUAAACCAGUUACCUAUUUUUAAAAUAGGAUUUGAAGUGUUUGCUUGUGUUGCUCUAUGAGGGUUCACAGACUACUCUUAAGAAAUGAGGUUUUAGUGUUUAAUUUAAGCAGUUUUAUAAACUGUCUGCAUCUUUGGGGAAAGUUAAGCUAUUAUUUCCCCCCCUUAAAUGUAUUUGAGAAACCUGACUACUUUAAAAUGAAAUCAGAAAGUUAAAACUGAUUUUAAAACAGCUACUGCCUUUAAAAUAAGUGAUUUUUCUCUUGUGAUUAGAAUAUCAGUGGUAUUAUACACUAACAGAGCUCAGUACAGAUUUCAACUUGCCCUGUUGGUUUUAAAACUACACAGAAGUUGUAACUCUGUUAUUCACUAAUGUAUAUGAAUUGUUACAAUUUUUAAACAUUCUGGAAAUGUAGCAGUUUCUUUUGGUAGGAAAUAAAAAUAAUAGCAAAUUGA